AAUCUUAUUCAUUUGAUUAUUCCGUUAUUUUUCGUUAAUUUUUAUUGAAAAUUUUUUAUUUAUUCGUCCAAUUCUUCUUCAAGGAUUAAUAAUAGAGCUUCGUUUGUAUAAGUAAUCAUAAAAAAUGAACGAAAAGUAACGAAGUAAAGGAAAUAAUUAUACGAGAUACUUUUAUUAUUUCAUCAUUUCGUUUAAAAAAAAAAAAAAACGAUUAACUACAAUCGUCGAUGUUUUAUCCAAGGAAUGGAAAUUGAAAGAAAAACCAGAGAUUCUCCAAUUUUAUCUUAUAAUUCUUUCCAAACUUCUGCAAGAUGGUUGUCUUGUUCGUGCGCAACACGCCAAGCAAAAACUUUGUAAUGAGCGAAACGAGAGGAGGGACGAUGUUUGCAAAUCAUUAGUACGGCGGGAAGGGCUGAGGGUUGGUACUUUGGGACGAGGGCUAAAAGUCUGCGAUGUCUUACAGGUAUAUAUAUAAAACGCGUAUUAUUACGAGAAAGAUAUUCAAGACGGUUGUUUCGUUGAAAUUACAACAUUGAAGCUAGAUAUCGUUCUUAAUCAAUCUCGUAUUUUAAUUCUGGUUACCAUUUUUAUUAAUAUUAACUCGAGAAGUGGCUUCGAGAUAAUCUAGAUCUAGAAAAAAAAUUUUUUUCUGCGCAAUACGUUUCAAAUAAUCGAAUCGAUAUUUUGGUAUCAAGAUUGUAGUACAAAGAAGGUAAUUUCGAUGGAUAAUGAAUUAAGAAAAUGAAUAUUGUUUCAUGGAAUAUCAUCCAUAAUUAUUAAUAAAUCUAAAAAAUUUGCAGAAAUAAAUAAAAUAUACGAAUCAACAAUUUUGAGAUCGUCAUCGUCAAUUUUGUAAUGAAAAGAUAAAGAAAAAAAUUAAUCUCGUGAAUCCUCAUGAAUACGUAAUUUAAUUUCAUUAACGAAAUUUUAAUAAGAAUGACAGUGACGAGUAAUUUCGUAUCUUGUGUACUCUGCAAAUGAAUAUAUCCUAGCUUUCUUGGUAAUUCUCUGGGCAUCCAGGAGGGAGGAUUUCGCGUCCCUAAGGAUCAGAGAAGGCGAUUGCGAAUAACAAGAACCCUUCGUCUGCGCCACGAGCCUUGAUCCUGUUAACAGGAUCAUCCGAACGCCGCUGAUAGAGCAAAAGACCGUGAGAUAAAACCAAACUCCCUUGGACCUUUCUCUUCGACUGUUGUUUCGAGGUCACUGGAUCAAUCCAGACGAAACUUAGUAUUUUUUCCCCCUCUAGGAGAUCCUUUUCUUCUCUUAUUUAAUCGAGAUUUUGUUUUUAUAGAGCAACGCGAAGAAGUUUAUUCUCCAAAGAUUUGAGAAGGGCUUGAAAACAUUUAAUAGACGAAAUUAAUGAUGCAACGAUUAGAGAGAAUGUAAAACUUGAACUCGAGUUUCGCAAAGGUAAAAAAGGUUUGCUUAGCAAAAACUUUUCACUGUCAAGGGAAAAAUGAUGAACAGUACACUAACUGCGGCAAUGGUGCACUCAUCUCUGAAUAUUCGUAGAAAGGGGAGAAAGCUCUGUGCUGGUAAUAUCCCAGAGGACUCUCCAUAUAUCCAAAUCGCAUUACUGCGCUGCCCAUUUCGUGCUAAGAAUACAUUGCACGUUGUCGAAGCCACCGACGGAAGAUGCCGCCGACCGAUCAUCUUGGGACGUGAGUGAGGAUUUCCAUAUCGAGAAAGUGUCGAUCAGCCACGGGUUUCGAGGGUCCACAACAUUUUUACAAUCACGGAGGACAGUAACAACAAUAUGUCUUACCUAGCUCUGGACUCCAACGCCUGGCAGGUAAGUUGUGACCGAAGAACCGCGGUGAACGUUUGGAUAAUAUUUCGGCGGUAGAGCUCAGAAUGACGUUCAGAUGCAUGCCAGCCUUUCAGACUCUCGGAGGCGGCGACUGCGGUGCAUCCUGGGACCGUUUAACUGGUCACGGGGGCAUUUCCUCGCUGGGCGGUGGAAACUCGUCGCCUUAUUCAGGCGCCCAUCACCACGGUCACAGAGGCAAUGGGAACGGAAGCGGGAUGCCCCAUCACGGUGGCGCGUCGUUGCCCACCGCCUCCGACUUUCAACCACCUUACUUUCCACCCCCGUUCCCCUCGCACCACCACGCGCCGGCGAGUCCUCAACAUCCGGGCCUCGGCCAGCCGCAACAUCUCGAUUACCUCGUCGGCGAUCCGUACACGCAGACGCUCAACACGUUGCAUCAACAUCACUAUAAUCACUUGAGCGCCGCUGUCACGGCUGGCCAAAGGAGCGGCGAUCUUAGGAGGGACGCGGAGGGUAUCCAUGUGACGAACAUGCACGCGUCGUUUCCGUACGACGGUGGACGCAGUAGCGGCGGAGGCGGAGGAGGCGGAGGCGGAGGUGGAGGUGGAGGUGGCGGCGGGCGAGGCGUCGAAUAUGGCGCUGUCCGCCGUCCUGACGCCCUUCUACCACCCCCAGGCCUCGACCAAACCGACCUCGUUCUCCACAGCAGCCUCGUAGACGACCCCCAGGUGAGCGACGAUAACACAAACGUGGACGAUGGAGGGUUCAUGAACGAUCUCCCUCUCCUAAAAAACAUGAAACCAUCGGACAGGAGCGAGAAGGCGAUGCUGACCGGGAACGCGCAGCCUUCGGACGUGUUCUGUUCGGUUCCAGGACGAUUAUCGUUACUAAGCAGCACCAGCAAGUACAAAGUUACGGUAGCCGAGGUACAAAGACGACUAUCGCCACCGGAAUGCUUGAACGCGAGCCUCCUCGGCGGAGUCUUACGGAGAGCGAAAUCCAAAAAUGGCGGACGUCUGCUUAGGGAAAAAUUGGAAAAAAUUGGGCUGAAUUUGCCAGCAGGAAGAAGGAAGGCUGCCAAUGUCACGCUCUUAACAUCCUUAGUGGAAGGAGAAGCCAUUCACCUUGCCAGAGACUUCGGCUACGUAUGCGAAACCGAAUUCCCUGCGAAACAAGUUGCCGAAUACCUCAGUCGGCAGCAUUGCGAACCGCAAGAUUCGUACAGGAGGAAAGAACUUCUUCAUGCCACCAAACAAAUCACCAAAGAGCUGAUGGAUCUUUUGAAUCAAGACAGAUCGCCACUUUGCAACACACGGCCGCAACACAUCCUCGAUCCAAGCAUACAGAGACACCUAACACAUUUCUCUCUCAUAUCACACGGAUUCGGAAGCCCUGCAAUCGUAGCCGCUCUUACGGCAAUACAGAAGUUCCUAAGCGAAUCCCUGAAUCAUCUGGAGAAGAUGUAUCCAGGGAACGGAAGCGGCGUGACAAGUAGUCAGCAAUCGAGCCUCGACACGAACAAGAGCAAGGACGGCACGUUGAUGAACGACAUGAAGAAGUGACGCCCAGAUGACCCGCCUACCUCCAACGUGGUCACUUCAAUUAGGCACUCCUGGCCGUACAACUGAGCUUUCGCGAGCUUUUCCUUUUUCUCUAUCCUAAAAUCGCGAACAGCCUCUGAUGGACCACUGAGACGACACGUAUAUGUCCGCGUACGUACGUCCCACCCACGAGCUCCGUUGUAAUGAUAAUCGAAAAAAGAAAAAAAAAAAAAAAAGAAAAAAAAGAAAGUGGGAAAGAAAAAUAUACAGAGAGAAAGAAAUAUAAGAGAAGAGGAAGGGAGAGACGUAUAUAUAUUCUAUCCUCGAGGCCUAUCGUGCUCGCGGAUAUCCGUGCUCGCUGAGGUUGGCUGGUCGAAAGUGUUCUAGGUGAAAUGAAUGGCGAAGAAGUCACGAGAAAAUGUGCAAUCUCUGUUUAGUCGAUUAAAAUCGAACGAGAGUGAGCCUCGUGGUGAGCCUCGUCGAAGACAAGAUCGGGUCGAAACGAUCGGCGAUGGGAUAAUAAAAGAUAUUACUAUGCUUCGUUCCCUGUUGGCUCGACGAUAGUCGAGACACGAAUGAACGUGUAUCGUGGUUUCGAAGAUUCGUAACCGCGGUUACGUUUAUAUAUAUAUCAACAACGAGAGAACGUGCUCUCGAUUAAGAGAGCGACUGUUAUCGGUUUGUCCUUUCCACUGCCUGUUUCAAUUCAGUUUGAGAACGCGCCUGUGCCGAGGAGAUGAAGGAACGUAUCGAUCGAUUCGACGGGAUCUGUACGAUCUGUCUCGUGGCGUGCAAAAAAGAGAAGAAAACUUUUUCCAUUCGCGUCUUCCCCCGCAUGCUUUCCUCGUGGUGGGUACGUUUUCUAUCAAAAUCGCGAUCGUUUCGAACGAGCGCAUCCACCAAUAUUUAUACGCGCGUCGCGUAUUACUUGUGAUAGUUCUUCUUUUUUUAGUGAUAGCGAUUCCAAACGAUUUUGUGCAAUCGAUUUUAAAACGGUCGAAGGUGAUUUUUACAAAUUUCACGAUAUGAUAAUUGUAUAAUAGGGAAAUAUAAUACAGGAUGUAAAAUUCGAACGAUGGCCAAGAAAUCUAAUAUAAAUAUACGGAAAGAUGUUAUUUCGUAUGCCUUGAUCUUCGUGUCUCACCUGUUUUGUAACUCGCGAAUCGAUCGAUAAUCGAGAGCGCGCACAGACGUAACAGCGACGAAAACAGCAGUUUCUAACAUCUUGUUUUUCUCUUGUCGUAUAAUUUUUUCGACUAUUUAUAUAUAUAUAUAUUGCUCAAGCAUCCGCUACACUUUGCUCAUUAACGAGCGUCCGACAUACGCGCAGUAAGUAUCGAUUACGACGCGUUACGUAAGCAUUAAUAUUGUCAGCAUAGUGAUAUAUUGCUCUCUAUAUCGCGUGUACAAUUUAUAAUUUUAACGAUUUUACAACGAUUGUAAAUCCGUUUGCGUCUCUAUGGACCACACUUCUUCCGAUUGAUCGAGUCCAUCGCGCGUGGAAUUUACCAUUUAAACACGAUCGUUCCAUAUUCAUAUCUCGCUUCGUCUUUGAUGUUGUACGUUUUCUCGUAAACAUAAAUAAACGUUACGUUAUUUUUUUUAAAUAUAAAUUUACGAUAUCCAUUACGAUUUAACGUAAAAAAAACUUGUAAUUGUGGACUCGAUCAUGAAAUUAUUAUAUUAUAUUAUUAUAUCUUCUUUAAUCUCUCGUUAUAGAAUAUCUGCGAAUCAAUUAUCCAUGAGAGAAAUGUAAGAGCACACGAUCUCGAUCGCAUCGUGCGAGAUUAAAAAAAAAAGGUGUCACAACGAACAAAAAGAAAGAAAAAAGUGAGAAUUCACACGGCCGUCCGAGGCUUGAAAAAAAAAAAGUAUUAAUUUAGAAUCUUUAUCUAUUAAAUAGUCGAGCAAGUUUUAUUUAAAUCGAAAUAACGAAGGAGGAUCAUUCCAAUAAUCGUUUGUUAUAUUUCAGAUUCAUCACGACACCGUAUUUUCGAACCGAUUCCGUGGUAGCGAAUUUAGGGAUUUUACGAUACGUAAAUUAGUUUUCCAUGCGCUCAAAUUUCGAAUUUCACGAUCCAUUCCACGUAAUAAAAAGAUUUUCUUCUCGAAUAGCUUUGGAAUAGUUGACGACACACCGUGCGAAUUACGCUCUCCAAGCACUUUCUAUUAGCGAUUCGAUCGGUUGAAUGAAUGAUUUCAAUUCGAGAAUCUUUUACGAUCACCGUUAAACUUGCAAUUCUCGGACAAUAUUCCUGAUGCUUUGUUAUUACGCUCGAUUGAUCCAUUUCGUGUAAUGUAAUGUUUCAUAGAUUUGUAGCACAAAUUCAAUAUAAUAUCACGGUACGAGCGGAUAGAUCGAAUAAACGAGUGAUAUAUGUAAAUCGUUAUAUGAACAACGACGUCGAUUCAGUUAUGUUCGUUCGUUCGUUGCUAAAAUUGCCUCAUUUUUAGUCUUUAAAAAAAUUUAACCGUCGAAAGCGAAUGGGUAAUUUUUAAUUUUUAAUUAUUUUGCUUCUUGUUACUAUUUCUCUAAAAAUUUUGUUCAGCGUGUGUGCGCGAUCAUCGGUGUCAAGAAAUUAAGAAAAAGAGAGAGAGAGAGAGAAAAAAGGAAAAAGAAGACAAAAACUCUAAGGAUCAUUUUAAUCGUGCCAAUACGAAAGUUGCCAUUUGAGAUGUGCCAAUUAACGAUAUCGAGUUUAGAAAUGUAAGAUCUGUAUCGACGAUUAGAAGCGAGUAGCCGAAAAUAUCUAAAUCGAACGAGCAUCGUUCGAAUUUUAGGGAGGAAGAUAAAUUUCGAACUUUUAUCUCGAAAGAGAAUCACGAAAAGAAAAUAUCGUGAGAGAAAUAAAGAUCAAGAUCUCGAUCAAUGGUAUCGAGGUGUUUUACUCGAAAAGUUUCGUGUUAAGGAGGGGGGAAAGAUAGGGAGAAGAAACGCAGAGUGGAAGCACGAGAAAUUGCGUUGAAGUACAAUACCAGGUGAACCUGAGACAUAUCUAACUUUGUAAUUAAAUCUUAGGCGUAUGUAAAUGUAAGAUUAAGAAACCUGAUCGAACGUCUCGCGUUCCGGGAUAUUAUGUACAGAGUAUUUGAAUCUUUCUUGUGAUAUAAUCGUAAUAUUACUAAGGCAUAAAUCGAGCAAGGCAAGAACGAAAGGAGGGAAAAGAAAAAAAAAGGAAAAAAAAAAAAAAAAGACACUAAAAUUACUAUUAUCAUUCCAUGUUUUUUCAUAGGUACUAGCGCGGUUGUUGUAGAUGGCGCCACACACCAGACUUUUCGUUUACCGGAGACGCGCACCAUCGAAUUUUAUUAUUCGAAGCAACCAACAAACGCUAGUUACGAAUAGUUAUCAGACUUUUAUCGCAUCGACAAAUUUUAUUUCCAACGUUACGAACACGUUAAUUUUUUUUUCCCCCUUACGACAUUGCGUACUACUUUGACCGCAAUUUUCUUCGAUGAAAAAAAAAAAAAAAAAAAAA